UUUACGUGAAGAUGGCGUUAAAUAUGGAGUUUAUGAAUUGUUCUAACCUGUGUGAUGGCAAGUCAGAUAAUUUAAAUAAAUCAAUCGAGAAAAAUACAUUAUAAUUAGAUUGGGGUAUCAUAAAAUUAUAGCCAGGUCUUCGCAUAAAACUCAUUGCAACGUUAUAUAGUUAUUUUAUACAGAAGUUUCCAGACCUUAUAUGUAUCCAUGAUAAGGCCAAAGAGUAAGGAUUACCAUAUGAUAAAGCCAUAGAAUAGAGAUGCAACCCUACUAAUAAGGGGAAUCUGGGCAUAGUGAGCCCCUACGGGGCUCAGACGCCCUCUUCUUUUGAAGAGAAUAAAUAACUAAACUAUAAGGGGAAUCCUAUUCAUAUCCUAUUCUUAGUUAGUUAUAUGUUUGCAUAAAUUCACUAUAGUCUACGUGGCUCUUUUUAGUUGAUCAGUAAUUAAAAUAUAAUAAAGAUUGAGCAGCAUAAUAUAAUUUGUAAAUAUUUCAGUAGUUUGGAUCUAUUAGAAUAUCGUUCAGACAUAAUUAAUAAUUAGAAAGAUUUCAAAAUAAUUCUUCUAAUAAUUAUUCUUUCGUAUAAAUUAAAAAAAAAUGAGUAAAACCCCUGUAGUGAUGUUGCAAGAUAUUUCUAUGAAACUUGGCACUUUACCUGUGUAUAUAGAAAUAUCAUCAGUAAUUGGAACGCAUCGAAAUCAAUUUACUACUAAAGUUUCAUGGCGGAAUUAUAGUGCUGAGGGAACAGCGGAUAAUAAAAAAGAAGCUAAACAAAAUGCAGCUAAAAAGAUGCUAUCAUUAUUGCUGUUGUCGAAUGAAAUUCCAGAAAAAAUAUUGUUAUCAAUCCCAAACAUGAAAACAGAUUUUAAAUUAAAUAAUUCUGUGAUAACAAACGAUGUAUGUUCAGUAAAUUCAUCUGAUUCGGAUACAACAAAAUUUAUGAAUUAUGUAGGCCUUUUGAAUGAGUACUGCCAAGGACACAAUCUAUCUUCUCCUGUUUACGAAAAUGUUGGCAUGACUGGACCAUCACAUUUGCCAAUGUUUACAGUAAGUUGCGCCAUAGAUUCCAUACGUCAAGAAGGAUGUGCAAAUACAAAACAAGCAGCUAAACACCAAGCAGCUAAAAAGGUUUUAGAGAAUUUAGAGAACAAGCCAUGUUCAAAUGUCAAAUUUAAUACAAAAACAUCAGAUAUGGAUAAUCUGAAUGUACAAUUUAUGAAAGUCUCUGUAGAUGAACCUAAGUAUGACAAAUUGCAGGAACAAAAGAUAAUAGCAACUUACGGUCAAAUAAGAAAAAAACCUGUUCUGUUUAAACCUCGCAUAAAAAUUAAUGAUUACGUUGAAGUAUUAAGAGAUUUAUGUUACAACAUUUCCAUGAAAGAUAAAAAUUCUUUAAGUAAGGUGUACAAUACAUCUUUUUCUGUAGACUCGGACACUUUGAAAGUUAUUAUUUAUAGAGCAUUCAAAACUACAAUAGAAGAAAUAAGUUUUAACACAAUUAAUGGCGAUUCUUUAAUUGGACUUAAAUUAGAUACUCAUCCUGUUAUAUUUCAAUGUGGUAUAGGUAGAACCAAAGAGCAAGCAACAAAAAAUGCUUUGCAUAAAUUAUUAGAAUAUAUUUUCCUACUGUUGCAAUGACAUACAAUUAAUUUAUAAUUGUGAUACAUAGUAAGGGAUACAAUCGUAUAUAUGUAGUUACUAACAAUAUUUUGCAAUCAUUUUUAUAAUUUUUACAAAAGCGAGAAAAUCGUUAUAAUAGUUAAUGAAUCACUGAUCAUUCUUCAAUUGUAAAAAUACAGAAAUCAUUUUCAGAAAAUGAGUAAUUAAUUUUUUUGUGCACCCACAUUAUACA